AUGGGCGUCUCGACGCUGUCGAGGAUGACGACGAACAGGGGUCUGCGAGCUCUGCGCUGGAGAUGGACACGCCAGUAUGCUUGGCCUCGACGAGCGCCAUCGGGUUUGCUGGCCGGUGACACAUCGAUCUGCCUGCCUCGGCGGCCUCGCCGCGGUCCCGCCCCGGCCGUGGGGCAGCCGCGCCGCGGCCCCGCCCCGGCACGCGGCGGCCCCGACGCGGCCACCACGGCGCGCGGCGGCCCCGACGCGGCCUCCACGGCGCGCGGCGGCCCCGACGCGGCCUCCACGGCGCACGGCGGACGGUGUCCGAGCGUGAGCGAGGAAGGGGGCGAGCAAGAGAGUGCGCGAGGGGGCGAGCGACGGAUGGUGCUGGCGGCGGCGGCGGCUCGUGAGGAUGGGCAGGCCGGGAAGAUCGGGCACAGCGGGAGGACGAGAGGAAAACUCGCGGCCACGGGCGCUAGACGCCGCCGGGCAGGUCAUCGCGACGAGGAUGCCCGAGGCAGCCGUGGCAAGGGCGGCGCGGCCGCGCGGCCAGGGGGCACACGGCGAGGGCGGCCGCGCCAAGGAAGACAGGGGCGGUGCCGCCGCGUGGCCGCGGCGAGGCUGCCCGGGCGUCAUCCACACCACAGCACGCCGGCGCGAGCGCCGCCUCGGCCGGGCUGCCGCCGCCGGCGGCAAGCUCGGUGCUGUCCUGCCGCCACGCGCAGCGCCGCCACGGGCCGUGGCCGUGUCGCACCCCCGUACGCGUCCCCACGGGUCGUGGUCCAGCAGCACGCCGAGCGCAGCACCGCCGAGGUCCUCCGCUGCGCGCGAGUCAGGGAGACAGAGGAAAAGAACCGUAAGAAAGAAGAUGACAAGUGGGGCCCGCUCGUCAUUGAGAGGAGAUAG